CUUCAUGUCCCAUCUACGGAAGUUUGUGUGGCCGAAGAGGUGCGUCGUGUAGAAACAGUGGUGCUUGGCAGGACGAGUUACUCUGGAACAUGUUGGGGCAAGUACCGUCACCCAAAUGAAGGGCAUGAUCUUAAAAGUACUAUGAAAAUACUAAAACCACUGUACGUGAGCUCUAUGUAGCCAGUUAACUAACACGUUAUUGUCUUCUUAUUCCGUGAAGUGCUCACAAUGUUCAUUCUGAAUCGCGUAGCGUGCGUUGGAGGUACGGUUGUCCCCCGAUGCACCGCCCUCUUCGUGAGACAUUUCUCUGCAUGCCGUUGCCUAAGAUCCGCAAAGAGACGCAGCCCGUACAGCUCUGUGGACAGCGAGCGCUACUCUUCUCUCGUGAAGUCCGUCAUGUCAUCCAGGAUCAGUUCCCAAACCCCCGAUACCCUCCAAGCGGAGGACGAACACGUUUAUGGACCUGUUGUCAAAGCUGCAACACCCUCCUCGAGACCAGAGACCAGGGUUCCCAAAACCCUGCAUCCCUUCUUGCACUUUAAGGAGACUCUUGAAACGGAGGAGCCGGAGUCGGGACCUCCAGCCCGAAUUGUGUUAAACCGGGCGGACAGGCCUCUCGUUCCGAGUGUGACCCGCAUUCUUCAGCAGACGCUUUCCCCGGAGCAGAUCUUCUACCUGGAGAGGUGGAAGAGGAGGAUGGUGGCGGAGCUCGGAGAGGAGGGCUUCAAAGAAUACAGUCAGAAUCUAUUCAGGCAAGGGAAACUGUUCCAUUCAGCUUUGGAGGACAUCCUGUCGUCAUGUGCAACUCGGGAGAACACAAAUCCUCCGGAGACUUCCGAGUAUCCACCUGAGGUCCAGGGAUACCUGGAGAGUAUCUCUCACGUACUGAGUGACGUCAGGGCCGUGAGAGCAACUGAAAGCGCUGUGUACCAUGACACGCUGAACUAUCUGGGCAUUUUGGAUUGUGUUGCUUGCUACAGGGGUGUCCUGUGUGUUAUUGACUGGAAGACUUCAGAGAAGCCCAAACCAUUCCUGAGCAACACAUAUGACAACCCUGUUCAGCUGGCAGCCUAUGCUGGGGCUUUGAACAAUGACGCCAACUACAAAUACCAGGUUGAACAUGGACUCAUUGUAGUCGCCUACAAGGACGGCUCACCGGCCCAUGCUCAUCAGUUGAGCUCAGAGCUGAUGUUGGAGUACUGGAACACUUGGUUGAUUCGUCUCGAAGAGUGCACAGAACAAAGAUCCAGACUUGCAUCAACUUCUUUUGAGCAAAAGAGAUGAGACUUUUGAAGAGAGGUCUGCAAGGAGCAGGUCACUUCAGUUUAAGACGACUGAACCUGAAGUGAAAAUAUAACAUUGUGCAAGUAGGAGGAUAAAAACCUAAACCAUAAAUCAUUUCCCCUUUUCUACAUGGGGAGCAACGUAUCAUUAAGAAGCCCUGUUGAGGUAUUUUAAAAACCACUGAAUUCAAACCAGGCUUCCCUGUACGAGGGGGUCCUCGAUAAAAGCCCAGGCUUCUGCGUCCAGCACGCAGCAGGAUGGGAAGUUUGCGAGCAUGUUCAAGAUCAUCCUGACGGCGUCCUCAUUCUUUCCAAACUUCCAUGUCUGAUUCACCAACCCAACGUGGGAUUCGUCCAGAGGGCUGAGUGAGACCCCUGAGCUGAUUCAGAGCAGAGUCCUGUUUUAAAAAUGAACUAUUUAACCUAAGAUAAUGAUUUAGUCCCACACACUAGACACUCAAAGAUUGCCCUGCAUGGCUCUACCUGUCAAUAGAGGGAAGGUUGGAUACGCCCUCCAGUGUCAUCAGGAAAUGCUAUCAUUAAAUGUGUGAAACUUCCUUUUGUAUUUGUAUUGCUUUUGCAUUUUGUACGAUUAAAGAUUUCAGUCUACCAGAA